AUGACCGAAGACACUACUGUAGCCGUGAUAGGCUUAGGGCCCGCCGGUCUCGUAGCGCUAAAGAACCUGAGGGAUGAAGGAUUCAUCGUUACCGGCUUCGAUCGCAAUAGCUACAUCGGCGGCCUAUGGCAAUACUCAGCAAAUGAACACACAUCAGUCCUGGAAACCACAGUAGUCAACAUAUCAAAAGAACGAGCAUGCUUUACAGACUAUCCGUUCCCGGAAGAUAUGGCUUCUCAUCCCACAGCCGCACAGGUCCAGGAGUACCUGAUAAGCUACAUGAAGCAUUUCGAACUUGAGCCGUACCUUCGACUCAACACUUCUAUCAAGCAAAUUACGUUUGAUGAAGAACACCAGAAAUGGGCUGUUGUGUUUGCAGACGAGAAGAAGGUGUAUUUUGACAAGGUCGUUGUAGCUAUUGGUGGUAUGAUUGGGAAGGCGAAUAUGCCUAAUGUCGAAGGGAUCGAAAAGUUCGCUGGGGUGAAUAUACAUUCGCAGGCGUUCAAGAGACCGAGAGAGUACGAAGGGAAGAAAGUCAUGGUCGUGGGCUUCAGUAAUAGCGCGACGGAUACAGCGACUCAGCUAGUCGGUGUCGCAGACAAGGUGUAUAUGGCACAUCGACACGGAUCGCGAAUCCUUCCGCGAAACAUCGACGGUGUGCCUGUAGAUCACACGCAUAGUAUCCGACUUCUUACUAUCCAGAGUCUCAUUGCCAAAUUCAUCCCUCGCUUAGGGGAAAAGUUAUUCGACAUGAUGUUGAAAAGAAUGCAAGACAAAAGCUUUAACAUCCGUCCAGAAUGGCGCUUCGAGCCUCCUAGCAACUUCAUCAUAUCUGACACUCUCGUUCCUUGUCUAGAGAACGGCAGUAUCGAGUCCGUUGCAGGUGUCAAGCGUAUCCUCAAUCACACCGCAGUGGAGCUUGAAGACGGGAGGAAAAUCGACGUCGAUGUCAUCGUAUGGUGUACGGGUUACCAGAGCGAUUUCAGUAUCAUGGACCCCAGCUUUGACCCGUCAUGUCGCCCCAAAGGAUGGUUGAAAGCGGGCGGGUCGAACAACAAGUCGCUUUUCAACCUUUACUACAAUGUCUUCUCUGUGAAAAAACCGGAUAGCCUCGCGUUCCUUGGGAAUGUGUUUAGUGCUGUCAGUGGUUUCCAGCUUUUCGACAUGGCGUCCAUGGCAAUAGCGCAAGUAUGGGCUGGCAAGUCGCGUCUUCCAGAUGCCAUCGACAUGCAAACUGCAGUCACAGACCAUCACAACUGGCUUAUAAGCCAAGCGCAGCAUCGCCAUAAUGUGUCGCCCGGAACAUAUGAUCCUGGGACGUGGGUCAGAGCCAUGGACGAUCUAGCCGGCACCGGUGUUAACGAGUAUCUGGGCUACGGAUGGAAGGGAUGGCUGUUUUGGUUCAAGGAAAGGAAGUUUUGUAAUUUGCUCAUGGACGGGAUAUGGAGCCCCCAUAUUCAUCGCGUGUUUGACGUUGGAAAAAGAAAAUGUUGGGCUGGUGGACGGGAGGCAGUGCAGAAGGUCAACGAGAGCGUUGCUGCGAUGAAGGAAGGGAAGGACAAGGGCGCAUGA